CUAUGUGACUGUGUGAUAUAUUCCAUGUUACUGCUGUAUGUAAUAUCCUGACAUGUUUUAUAUUAUUGUGUUAUUACAGGCACGUUCAUGACGUCAUCAGAUUACACACACGCUGUACAAAGUGCUGCAGCGCCCCAUGAAACAUCUGCCGAACCGACAAGAAGGUCCAGAUGAUGAAGAACCAGUCAGAGACAGAGUUUCACAUUGUUCACAACUCAGCAGCUCAUAAAAACAAGUGAUCUUUACAUGGAGCCUGGUGACUUUCUGUCUCUUCGUCUCUCCUCAGGUGAGAAGUUUACCUGCUGCUGUGUUAAUGAUUAUUAAUAAAAACACGUCUGGACCAUUUAUCAUGACGUCAUCAUAUGGACUGACCCCUCAGCACAUCUCCUCCUGAAGAACAAGCCAGAUUCAUUCAUCAGAUGAAUAUGUGUGUUUGCUUUGCUUCUGUCUGUCUGGUGGCGUCAUGGUGACGCCUCAUCCGGUUCAUGUGAGCUGCUGCGCUGUGAUGAAGUCACCUCCUCAAGUUCCUGUUGGCUGCAGAGUCAGUGAACUCACCUUCACAGCAGGAGGAGAAUCUGUGAGGAGUGUCCGACAGCAUGUGGCUGCUCUUUCAUCUCCUCUGUCUUCAGUGCUGAUGUCGCUGCUGAGCCGCGCUACAAACCAAGCCUCUCUGAACAUCAGUCCUCACAGCUCUCAGAUGUUUGAAGGACAGUUUGUCUCUCUGAGGUGUGAGGAGGACGACAGCUCUGACGGAUGGACGGUGAGGAGGAACAACACCAAGACCAGAGAGACCCGGACUCAGUGUAAAGACUGGGGAGAACCAGCUGGUUCUGUCUGCACCAUCAGCUACGUCGUCCCAUCUGACAGUGGAGUUUACUGGUGUGAGUCCACAGGCGGAGCAGCCAGUAGCAGCAUCACCAUCACUGUCACUGGUGGAGCAGUGAUCCUGCAGAGUCCUGUCCACCCUGUGAUGGAGGGAGAUGAUGUCACUCUCACCUGUACAACAAAGACCUCCAUCCUCUCAGCUGGUUUCUAUAAAGAUGGCUCCUUCAUCAGGACUGAGCCUACAGGUCACAUGACCAUCCACCAUGUUUCCAGGUCUGAUGAAGGAUUCUACAAGUGUAACACCAUCAGUGAUGGAGAGUCUCCACCCAGCUGGAUCACUGUCACAGGGAAACUGACCACGACACCUCCUCCAUCCACCACAGCUGGUUUCUCCUCCUCUUCCUUUCCUCCUGCUCCCUUCCUGUUGUGGUCGGCUCUAUCUGUCUGUGGCCCGGUGGUGCUGGUGGUGCUGGUGGUGCUGGUGGUGCUGGUGGUGCUGGUGGUGCUGGUGGUGCUGGUGGUGCUGGUGAGGCGAUGUGUCCGGAGGAAACCUGAAGAGAGCGAUCCAGCUCCCGUCUACUCAGCAGUGAACAGAGAAGAAGACGUCGGCCGUGAAGCCGACAGGACGACAGCGAGUGACGCUGCUGCAGUUUAUUCAUCAGUGAGAAGAGGUGGAGACGUCAGUUACGGAGAGGUUUCCAUCAGGACGAGCAGCAGGAGAGAGCGUCCAGCAGAGACGGACGUCAUCUACUCGUCAGUCAGCUGCAGCGUCACACCUCCACGUCAGUCCGAGCAGUGACGUCGAGCUGCUGCUUCACUGCUCAUUAACUCCAUACCAACAUGGAUUCAAUCAUAUGUUCAGGGGUCAUAGCGUUCCGGCACCACUAUCGGGGCUGGGGAGAAAAAAAAACAUCGGGUUCGUCCUUUUUUUUUUUUUUUUAAUUAAAGUAGUAUGAAUUACAGAAUCUCGUAGAGGAGACAGACAUACAUCUGGAAAAACACUGCAAAAUAAACAUGUUGAUCUGUGUUGUUCUGAGAUGCGCAGAUAGACAGUAAAGGGAAUUCGCAGGCCAGAGAGCAGCUUUAACGCCCAAUGACUCAGUAAUACAUAAGCCAAUCAGAAGGAGGGUAGGUGGCGGCCUGUGUCUCUGGCAGAACGAGUGGUACAGCAGUCAAGGUAAGUAAUGGCUAUGUUUAUGAAGCCAGGGGAAGAUAUUAAAGAGGUUGACAAAGGCAUAAAAAAGAAAUGGCGGUGGGCUUGGAUGGAGGCAGUGGGUAUUGACGGAAAGCGCUAUGGAAGCUGGUGUCAAAGGCUCCGACAGCCCAGAGCAUGUUACUGCACUGUGUGUGCACGGAAACUGUUCUAUGGAAGUAGCGGAAGAAGUGGACCUGCUCAUAACGCAUCCGUCAGGUUUGCCACGGCAGAUGUCCCAGCAUCAAUGACAGAUCGAGGAACUGAUUUAAAAACUCGCGUGUGCUCAUUUAUUGCCGAGCUUGAUCUGUCAUUCACAACUGCACAGCCACUCGUAACGUUAUGCAGAAAGUUAGCGGAGGACAGACCCGCACUAGCGCAUCUGUCUGUCUCCAGCAGCAUGCAAGCUGUCUUCUUACCGGCAUCUCGCCAGAAUUCAAAAAACGUCUCUCUGAGAAGUUACAUCAUACCAUGACACCACUGAACUGAAAAGUCAGUCAUAUUUUGCAAUUAAAGUUGUUAAAGAAAAAUGAACAUCUGUCCUUUUUAUGUCCUUUAGUUAAUGACUACCAAUGAAUUCCUAGUGUAUAAUUCCCUUUGAUGUAGUAUCAUUGCCACUGACUGAGCUGUCUUGGUAUGGCUGUAGAAUCUGUGUAGCAUUUACCUCCAGAGAUUGUGCUAAGAUGGACUGAUGUCAAUCUAAAUGCUGAACACAUGGUAGGUGUUUUCUUGAAUAGUACUGGGGUCAUAAUGCAUACCACAUGAAAAUAUCUAAAAAGAGCCACUCGACAAUAAUGAUGAUCAGGGUUAUACACAGGCUGUUUAUAUACCUGCCCCCCCCUGUUCACCUCUGGGGGGAAAAGUUCCGGCUCGGGAAUCUUUUCCACUAUCAGCCCUGUAUGUUGUGUGUUUAUACAGUCCUGCAGCUAAACCCUGGUCAGACCACACGGCCCAGAGAACACUGCACUCUGCUACAUCAGCGGGUCGGCUGGUACCGCCAGCGCUGAGAGCAAACAGAGCUGCUCAGAGGAGUCACCACUCUUCUCUGUUCUGGAGCCUCAGAGGUGGAACCGAGUCCAGACCAGCGUCAGGACAGCAGAGUCUCUGUGUCUGCAGCAGGAGACUCAGACUCACCUGUUCAGACUCACCUGGACCUGCAGAGCAUCACUCCGUCUCACAGCCCAACCUCCACUCAGAAACAAACAGAAAAGACAAACCAAAGAACACGUACAUGCACCUUUAUGUUCCUACCUUCAGAUGAGGGCUUGAGAUCUGUGUCUGAUUGUUUCAUUCUGACUUCAUCGACUGUUGUUUGAUGAUGUUUGUUUCUUGUGACAAAUGUAAAUCUAAAGGUUUAGGAUUUGAUCCUGAAGGUGUUCGUGAAGCCUCUGAUGUGUGUAUGUGUUCUGACAGCGGUUGAUGAUGUGCUGAGUUUACGUUUGACCUGAUUUGUAUGUGCAGAUGCUGAAGUUAUUGUGAGUCAGUUCCCAUGUAACUGUGUGGCUGCUGCAGUUGUGUGUGUUGGUUUCUACUAUCACACAGGACGAGGAGAGACGGCCUCUCUUCAGUCGUCACUACUGUCAAGCAAUGAAAUGACUUCUAGAAAAUCAAUAUUGUGUUGAACUUGACCGACUCUGAUCUGCAGUAGACAAGCGACUGAUAUUCAGCUGCCACGACUCAAGCAAAAGAAAACGCUGUCAAACUCACAUCUGAAUAAAGAGUCAAACAAUAAAUACAGCUUGUUAUUAAAACCAACAACAGACAAACAGCUCCAACAACGUCACAAGAUAAUAAUCAGCAGGAAUCAUUCACCAGCUCA